AUUGAGACUAUCCUUCUUGACUUGCCUGACUACACGGUUCUCCCCUUAUGUCCUCCCACCGACUAUUCUUUAAGUCUAAACUAUGGCACGCUGCCUUUACAAUAAUCUGAAUCCUUUCCGUUUUUGAUUUCACAUCCGACGUUGCAUUUAUAACUCCUGCAAUAAAAGUCACCAUUUUCUUUUUUUCCUCUUCAACUUUCUUUUCAACCAUUUCCAUAAUUUUUGAAAUUACUUGCUUUUCUCCUGUUAGAGAUUUCCCAGUUUGUUUCUCUUUCUCAACUACUUUACACGCUUCUGCAUAUGUUACUUUCUGCGUAACUUUUGUUUUCUGUAUCAUUGAUUGUCGUUUCAUUACCUCGCAUCCCCAAAAAGCAACACUAUGCUCUCCUCCACAACUACAGCACUUUGGUUUAACUCCAAUCCCACAUUUACCAUAUUCAUGGUCUCCAGAACAACGGGCACAUCUCCUUUUUCCUUUACACAUUUUUGCAAUAUGGCCAAAUUCCUGACAGUUGAAGCACCUCACUGGUUUGGGCACAUUUUCCCUGACACUAAAUCUUAUCAAGCCAAAGAAAACCUCCCUUGGCAUUUCUUUUGUUUCAAACUCCAGCAACACAGUUUCUGUUUCAAUCUUCUCUGGACCCCUUGUCAUUCUUCGUGCUCCUUUUACUUCCUUGUUUCUUUCUUUCAGAUUUUCAACUAAUUCCUUCAUAUCAACACUCAACGGCACUCCUGUUAUGAUUCCUUUGCUUUCAUUAUUUCUUUUUUCACCCACUUUAACAACUGCUCUAAUUUUGACUUUACACACCCAUCCAAGCUUUUUCACCUUUUCAACCUGACCUUCAGAAUUACAGCCAAUCAAAAGAUUUCCGUCUCUCAGUACUUUAGCAUGUUUAAUUUCCCCAACAUGUGUCUUAAGUGCUUUUGUUAGUUUAAGUGGAUCAAUCUUCUUGACUCCUUCUCCUUCAUCAAAUCUUAUUAUAAUGUUCAGAUUUUGUCUUUUUAGUGCUUCUUUUCCUUCCUCAAUUCCUUCAUUAUCAGUGUCUUCAGUGCUUUCCUCAUUUCCUUUUUUUCUCAUUCUUUCAGCAGCUUGCUGCUUCUUUCCACCCUUUCCCACCAAUUCCCACUCUUUAUCUUCAUUCCGACCACUCCUUCCUUCCUCAUCACUACACUCCAUACUAUUACAGUCACUUCUUUCCAAAUCCAACGUCGUCAUGUUCCGAGUUAAGUCCCAGCUAACAAACGUUAAAGCGCAACAUUAUUUCAAAUUCUGCCAAAAGGAAAAACUUGCUUGCUAGGCUUCCUCCCCUUCCCGUAGCAGCCACCAGAACCCUUCCGCCGUCAGCCGGCUCAUGAAGAAAGCAGGUGAGAGAGUCUGCCUUUAUGCUCACACCCACUGAGCUAAUUAGGUGCCAGGUGUUCUCAAUCUUGGGGCAGGCUUCAUCCUGCUACACUAAGAUAUUCAGAAAAGUGUUUUUUCUUACAGUGACCCACUCUCUGAAGUAUUUCUACACGGCGUCUUCAGGAAUAGAAAAUCCAUCAUACGUCUCUGUUGGGUUGGUGGAUGAUGUUCAGAUAAGUUACUGUGACAACAACAUCAACAAAAAUAUUCCUAAACAGGAUUGGAUGAAUAAAGUGAAUUCAGAACAUCCAAAUUACUGGAAGGAGGAAACAGAAACAUGUCUGGCUAAACAGCGAACCUUCAAAUUCAGCCUCAAAAUUGCAAAACAACGUUUCAACCAGACUGGAGGAGUUCACGUCUUUCAGCAGAUGUAUGGCUGUGAGUGGGAUGAUGAAACCGGAGAGGUCAAAGGUUAUGAUCAGUUUGGUUCUGAUGGAGAAGAUUUAAUUAUGCUGGAUCCACAGACACAACAAUGGAUCGCUCCAAAACCACAAGCUGUCAUCACCGCAAACAGAUUUAAUAAUAGUAGAAUUAUUAAAGAACUUGAGAAGAUUUACUUAACUCAGACAUGUGUUGAGUGGCUGAAGAAAUAUGUGAAUUAUGGGAGGAGAUCACUGAUGAGAAAAGAUCUUCCCUCAGUUUCUCUCCUCCAGAAGAAUCCAUCCUCUCCAGUCAGUUGCUUUGCUACAGGUUUCUACCCCAACAGAGCAAAAAUGUUCUGGAGGAAAGAUGGAGAGGAGAUUCAUGAUGGUGUGGAAAAAGGAGAGAUUCUCCCCAACAAUGAUGGAACCUUCCAGAUGAAUGUUGACAUUGAUUUGUCAUCUGUUGCAAAUGAAGACUGGAACAAGUAUGAAUGUGUGUUUAAGCUCUCUGGAGUCAAGGAAGACAUGACCAAUAGACUGGAGAAAACAAGAAUCUUGAGAAAUAAAUCAAAUAUCCCGACUGUGAUCAUCCCUGUUGUGGCUCUGGCUGUCCUCGGUCUCACUGCUGUGAUUGGAUUGAUUAUUUACAAUAAGAUGAACGAUUCAUCAAUAGAGUCUAAACUGACACAAGAAAUGUGUUGCUGAAAUGUUAUUGAUGUUCAACAGAUAUCUAAGGAAUCCAGUUUUAAAAUUGAGGAACAUUAACACUAACUGGUUCAAAUGCCUGUGAUGGACUGGUGACCAGUCCAUGGUGGCUCCGCCUCUCACCUGUUGGUGGUACCAGCACCUUCCUGACCUCACAAGGGAUAAGCAGAUAAGCUUGUUGGAUAAUGAAUGCUUUAUCCAACUGUGUGUUACAUUCUGAUGGGUAAUGAUGCCACUUGACAAAAUGCAGUGUUUUAAUUGUUGACUGAGUCUUUUAUGACUUUGUAUUUUUGUGUAUUUAUAAAGCAAAGCAUUUUGAACUGCCUUGUUGCUGAAAUGUACAAAUAAACUGGACUUGAAUGGAUGUUUCAAAUACUGUUAAAUGAAGUAGUUUUGACAUUUUUGUCUAGAAAAGUGUUGCCAUUGUUUUGGGUUCUGUAAAUAAUAAUAAACUUUUUAUUCAAACAAUAA